CUGGUUAGUUAGAACCCGGAAACAUCGUGUUGACAAGUUGCGCUGUGCCACUGUUUUGAAACUGUCAAGCAGUUUAGAUAGUCGUCUGAUCUUUCCUUGGGGUUGGAGAGUCAACGUCUUUUGAAAUGGGACUAUUUGGUAAAACGUCGGAAAAGCCACCUAAGGACCUUAUCAACGAGUGGUCCCUGAAGAUCCGCAAGGAGAUGCGCGUCAUCGACCGACAGAUCCGAGAUAUCCAGCGUGAGCAGGAGAAGGUCAAGCGCUCUAUUAAGGACGCGGCUAAGAAGGGGCAGAAGGAUGUGUGUGUGGUGCUGGCCAAAGAGAUGAUCCAGUCCAAGAGGGCCGUCAGCAAGCUCUACGCCUCCAAAGCACAGAUGAACUCCAUCCUGCUCAGCAUGAAGAACCAGCUCUCGCUGCUGAGAGUAGCAGGUGCUCUACAGAAGAGUACAGAGGUGAUGAAGGCCAUGCAGAACCUGGUGAAGAUUCCUGAGAUACAGGCCACCAUGCGGGAACUCUCCAAGGAGAUGAUGAAGGCGGGCAUCAUCGAGGAGAUGCUCGAGGACACGUUUGAGGGGAUGGAGGAUGAGGAGGAGAUGGAGGAGGAAGCUGAGGCCGAAGUGGACAAGAUCCUGUUUGAAAUCACAGCAGGUGCGCUGGGUAAAGCCCCCAGCAAGGUGACCGAUGCACUACCAGAGCCUGAACCCCAGGGGGCGACAGCAGCGUCGGAGGAGGAGGAGGAAGAGGAAGACAUCGAGGAGAUGCAGACGAGACUAGCUGCUCUACGAAGCUGAGAACACACACACCCACACUAACACACAUACACACAUACACACAUGCACAUAAAUACACACACACACACUCA